AUGCCGACCAACCCACAAUAUGACAUGGUCCUUUUGGGCCCCACUGGCUACACGGGCCGCUUCUGUGCUCAACACAUUGUUAAGAACCAUCCGACCAACCUGAAAUGGGCUAUCGCUGGUCGUUCUGAGAAGAAGAUGGAGCCCAUUGCCCAGGAGCUGAAGGAAUUGAAUCAGGACCGUGUCCAGCCAGAUAUCCUGGUGGUGCAGCUCAACUCGGCAGAGCUCAAUGAGCUGGCGCAAAAGACUAAGAUCAUCAUCAAUUGCGUCGGCCCCUAUCACCUGUACUCCACUCCUGUGGUGGAGGCUUGUGCUGCCAAUGGUACCCACUACCUUGAUGUGACCGGAGAGACUCCCUGGAUCAAGGAGCUCAUUGAGAAGUACCAUGAAACCGCCAAGAGCAAUGGCGCAAUUAUAAUGCCCUCAGUUGGUGUCGAAAGUGCCCCCGCCGAUAUGCUGGCCUGGGCCCUGGUCAAGCGCAUUCGUUCUGAGUACUCCUCCGGCACUCGGAGUAUCGAGAGCUGUAUCAAGGAGAUGAAGUCCUCCGGCCCCAGCGGUGGUACUCUCGCCACAGUUCUGGGAAUGUUUGACUCUCUGCCGCUCUCCCAACUUCUGAAAUCUGCCAACCCAUUCUCCCUGGCCGCUUCUGCACCACCGAAGGAUAUCCCCAGCGACACCAUUCUCCAGAAGCUUCUGGGUGUGCGCUCCAUUAGUGAUCUCGGCGCUGUGACUACUUCGCCCACUGGACUUGCCGACAUGACCAUCGUGCACCGCAGCAGCACCCUGAUGCCCGAGUUCUAUGGCAAGCGCUUCUACUUCCACCAGUUCCUCUACGUCCGGAAUACCCUUAUUGGCGCCAUGGUGCACAUUGCCUUCAUGUUCGCCUUGGCUAUGCUCAUGAUCCCACCCGUGCGCAUGGUGCUGCGCAAGUUCAUCUUCGCGCCUGGUCAAGGCCCGACCGCCGAGGCAUACCAGAAUGAUCGCCUCGAGUACCACGCCGUCGCUACUGCUGAUCAGGGCGGUCCUUCUCCUCCUCGGGUUUUUGGAACAAUCAGCUACGAAGGAAGCUUGUAUGUGCUUACUGGACUGCUGGUUUCUGAGGCCGCCAUGGUCAUUCUGCAGGAAGAGGAGAAGGUCAAGAAGACCUCGCGCUGUGGUAUCGUCACCUCUGCUACUUUGGGCCAGGACUAUGUUGAUCGCCUGGAUGCCACUGGUGUGAAGAUUCAAACCCGGGUGUUCCAGUACUAA